ACCAAAUUACCCUCACUGUAAUUACCCUUCACAUCCAGAAGCUUCGCCUUUGCCCAAAAAACCCUACUAAAACCUCUUGUUUCCGCAGAGUCAGUCGUAUUUCUCUCUUUGCUCAGUGCUACCAAAUAUCAUCAACAAAACCUACAUCGAGUUUCUAGAAGCUGCGACUAUGCUCAGGCUCUCGAAGCGUUCCGUCUCUACCUUACUACGCUCCGGCGACCGAAGCUCCCGCGUCGCCGCUGCCGCGACUUCGAUCCCCCGCUCUUCCUCAUCUACCACGGAUGCGAGGAGAGGUGACACUGAAUCGAGAUGGUACUCGUCAUUAACCAAUGGUCAAUGCAAGAAAACCGAGUCCCUGGCUCAAUUGAACAUGAAACCCAACUGGUUUAUGGGAUACCGGAACGAAUCCAGUGCAGCAGCAUCAGACUCUUCGUCUCAGGCUCCCCCGCCGGCUGAGAAAUUUGAAUACCAAGCUGAAGUUAGUCGCCUCAUGGACCUCAUUGUUAACAGUCUGUACAGCAACAAGGAGGUGUUUCUUCGGGAGCUUAUCAGCAAUGCUAGCGACGCAUUGGAUAAGUUGCGUUAUCUGAGCGUCACAAACCCUGAGCUUUCAAAGGAUGCUGCUGAUCUUGACAUACGCAUCUAUGCUGAUAAGGAGAAUGGAGUAAUAACUCUCACUGAUUCAGGUAUCGGUAUGACACGUCAAGAAUUAGUUGACUGCCUUGGGACUAUUGCGCAAAGUGGAACUGCCAAGUUCCUGAAAGCUUUAAAGGAUAACAAGGAUGCAGGUGGUGACAACAAUUUAAUUGGUCAAUUCGGUGUUGGGUUCUAUUCAGCAUUCUUGGUUGCAGAUCGAGUCACUGUGUCAACGAAGAGCCCAAAGUCUGAUAAGCAAUAUGUAUGGGAAGGAGAAGUGGAUUCCAGCAGUUAUACUAUUAAGGAAGAGACUGAUCCUCAGUUUCUCCUUCCUAGAGGAACACGUAUUACUUUGCAUCUUAAGCAAGAUGACAAAGGCUUUGCAGAUACAGAGCGGAUUCAGAAGCUAGUGAAAAACUAUUCUCAGUUUGUUUCGUUCCCUAUAUACACGUGGCAGGAAAAAGGAUACACAAAAGAGGUUGAGGUUGAGGAUGAUCCAGCUGAGUCGAAAAAGGAUGACCAAGACGAUCAAACUGAGAGAAAAAAGAAGACCAAGAAGGUUGUUGAGAGAUACUGGGAUUGGGAGCUUACUAAUGAGACGCAGCCAAUUUGGCUCCGGAACUCUAAGGAGGUGACAACAGCGGAGUACAAUGAGUUUUACAGAAAAACUUUCAACGAGUAUUUAGACCCUUUGGCAUCAUCCCACUUCACAACAGAGGGCGAGGUCGAGUUUAGGUCCAUCCUUUACGUACCACCCAUCUCACCAAUGGGGAAGGAUGACUUGGUCAAUCAAAAGACAAAGAACAUAAGGCUCUAUGUAAAACGAGUUUUCAUUUCUGAUGAUUUUGACGGGGAGCUGUUUCCUCGGUACUUGAGCUUUGUUAAAGGUGUUGUGGACUCGCACGAUCUGCCACUUAACGUGUCGCGUGAGAUUCUACAAGAAAGUCGCAUUGUGCGGAUCAUGAAGAAACGUCUGGUGAAGAAGGCUUUUGAUAUGAUUUUGGGAAUAUCCUUGAGUGAAAACAGAGAAGACUAUGAAAAGUUUUGGGAUAAUUUUGGAAAACAUCUAAAAUUGGGUUGCAUCGAGGACCGCGAGAACCACAAGCGUAUAGCUCCAUUGCUUCGAUUUUUCUCCUCCCAGAGUGAGCAUGACAUGAUCAGCUUGGAUGAAUAUGUCGAGAAUAUGAAAGCUGAACAAAAAGCGAUCUAUUACAUUGCUUCGGACAGCAUUACAAGUGCUAAGAAUGCACCUUUCCUCGAGAAGCUUCUGGAGAAAGAACUUGAGGUACUAUAUCUGGUGGAACCCAUCGAUGAAGUUGCCAUACAGAGUUUAAAAUCUUACAAGGAAAAGGACUUUGUCGACAUCGGCAAGGAAGACUUAGACCUAGGAGACAAGAACGAGGAGAAAGAGGCAGCUGUGAAAAAGGAGUUUGGGCAAACUUGUGAUUGGAUAAAGAAACGAUUGGGCGAUAAGGUUGCCAGUGUUCAGAUUUCGAAUCGUCUUAGUUCAUCGCCCUGUGUACUUGUAUCUGGUAAAUUUGGCUGGUCAGCCAAUAUGGAAAAGCUAAUGAAGGCACAAUCAGCUGGUGGUGACACAACAAGCCUCGAGUUCAUGAAAGGGAGAAGGGUGUUUGAGAUCAAUCCUGACCACUCGAUUAUCAAGAACAUAAAUGCUGCGUACAAGAGUAACCCAAAUGAUGAAGAUGCGAUGAGAGCCAUCGAUCUAAUGUAUAAUGCAGCACUAGUUUCUAGUGGGUUCACGCCCGAGAAUCCAGCAGAGCUCGGUGGGAAGAUAUAUGAGAUGAUGGAUAUUGCUCUUUCCGGGAAAUGGUCAAGCCCUGAGGUCCAGCCGCAGCAGCAGAUGGCACAUCCUCACAAUGCAGAGCUGUUAGAAGCUGAAGUGGUUGAACCAGUUGAAGUGGAUGGGCAGAAAUGAACAGAAGCCUAAUGUCCCUGCCCUACUACGAUUCUCAAUCUCUCAUCAUCUUCUUAUUUUUUUUAGUAGCAGCAGCAUUAGCAACAAUUGGCAAUUAGCCAAUGAAAUUCUCUAGAUAACAGAUUGAGAAUGUUGAGCUUGUUUUUGUUUAGUUUUAAGUUGAUCCUCCUCAGAAUAAUCCACUUAGCAUUUACUGUCGGUCGGAUGUAAUAAAUAUUCGAAAGGACAAUUUUUUCAUGUUUUAAUGAAAAUUUAGGGGUCUCAUUGUACGAAACUAAAAACUUUUGGGACUUUAGCUGAUUGUAUAGAGUACAGGUGUUGGAUAGACCCGACGCAAACGUUGGGAAAAUAGAACGCGUUCAGAAGUCAACACAAGUCGACGGUUACCGGCUGCUCGGGUUAUCCGUUAGCCAUUAAGAACUGGCAGCUGUCUGUCUUUUUUUUUUUUUGGUUAGGGAAAAAGAAAAAAGAAAAGAAGUUUCCAUUUUAUCAAAAGCUUUCCCUUUGGUUUUCUCACGGUCCAUCUUCCCGUCCUCUGCGUCUCGAGUAACGUUCUCCAGUCAUCUCUCCGCACUGAAUUGAUGGGCACAUCAUCUGGGUCCAAUCUUCCUCACCAGAUGCUACCUCCACGUCAGCAACUACAAACUACUCUUUCGCUUGUAUCCUCGGAUCCCCACAUGUCACGAUCCAACUCUGGCAUCGUGCGUGAAUCUCCAGCUGAAAGUGAGAGCUCUCAAGAGACGUGGCCAACCUCAAAGUCUCUAAUGGGGAAGAAGACCGAGAGCGGGAAGACAGGGCCUGAUUCUCAUGAGCAACCAGUGAUCCGCCAUGUCUCCAUUGCCGAUAAAGUAUCACUGCGGGACAUAGCUAGAGAGAGAGUGGACAUUGUCUCCGAAAGAAUGCUGCGACUACCGGAAGAGUAUCUCGAGGAGUUAAAGAACGGGCUUAAGUCUAUCCUUGAAGGGAAUGGUGCGCAGCCCAUUGACGAGUUUAUGUUUCUGCAGAAGUUUGUCCAGACGAGAUCUGAUCUCACUUCAAAGACACUUAUCAGGGCUCACCGAGUGCAGCUUGAGAUCCUCGUGGUUAUAAACACCGGAAUCCAAGCAUUCUUACACCCGAACAUCAACCUGUCUCAAACAUCUCUCAUCGAGAUCUUCUUGUACAAGAGAUGCAGAAACAUUGCUUGCCAAAACGAGCUCCCCGCUGAUGACUGCCCCUGCGAGAUAUGCGCUAAUAGGAAAGGCUUCUGCAACCUGUGCAUGUGCGUGAUCUGUAACAAGUUCGACUUUGCAGUCAACACAUGCCGCUGGAUUGGCUGCGACGUGUGUUCUCACUGGACUCAUACGGACUGUGCGAUUAGAGACGGAGAGAUCUCCAUGGGAAUAUCUGCAAAGAGUGUGUCGGGGAUGGGAGAGAUGCUGUUCAAGUGUCGAGCGUGCAACCAUACUUCUGAAUUGUUGGGUUGGGUUAAAGACGUGUUUCAGCACUGUGCACCAAACUGGGAUAGGGAGUCUUUGAUGAAGGAGCUCGACUUCGUGAGUAGGAUUUUCCGUGGAAGCGAAGAUACAAGAGGCAGGAAACUAUUCUGGAAGUGUGAGGAACUUAUCGACAAGAUUAAAGCCGGCUUGGCAGAAGCAACAGCUGCGAAGUUGAUACUGAUGUUCUUCCAAGAAAUUGAACUGGACUCUCCAAAGAGCCUUGAAAAUGGAGAAGGUGGGGGAAUGAUAGCACCGCAAGAUGCAUGCAACCGAAUUGCUGAAGUUGUAAAGGAAACGCUGAGGAAAAUGGAGAUAGUGGGCGAGGAAAAGACGAGGAUGUAUAAGAAAGCGCGGUUGGGACUCGAGGAAUGCGAGAGAGAGAUGGAAGAGAAAGCAAAGGAAGUGGCGGAACUGAAGAUGGAGAGGCAGAAGAAGAAACAGCAGAUAGAGGAGGUGGAGAGGAUAGUGAGGCUGAAGCAAGCGGAGGCAGAGAUGUUUCAGCUGAAAGCAAACGAGGCGAAACUGGAAGCAGAGAGGUUGGAGAGGAUUGUGAAAGCGAAAAAGGAGAAGACGGAGGAGGAAUACGCGAGUAACUACUUGAAACUGAGGCUGAGCGAGGCCGAGGCAGAGAAAGAGUAUCUGUUUGAAAAGAUUAAAGAGCAGGAAAGUGGUGGAAAUGGUGGCGAGGCGUCACAGUCGGUGAUGUACUCGAAGAUCAGAGAAAUGCUUCAUGGAUACAAUGCAUCGACACCACGAGUGGAUCCAAGACCAAACCAGCGAAAUCCUUUCAGAUCCAAUCCUUAGAAUGUAUUUUGUAUUGUCGUCAUUGUUUGUAUUCAAGUUGAGCUUCGAAUCAAUUAAGGUCGGAUUUGUGUGUCAAGCCUUUGUGGUCGCUCUGCUGUAUUCAAGUGUAUAAUUAAUUAUGUUUUGCUUUAAUAUGAAGUUAAUCGGAUUUAGAGAAUUGGGGUUUCUCAAAUUUUGUUUUCUUUGGUACAAUAAUGAUACAAAUGUUCCAAA